GUUCUUCCUCAGGUUCUUCAUCAGACUCUUCAUCUGAUUCUUUAUCAGAUUCUUCAUAUUCUUUUUCGAUAAAAUCUUGUAAUAGCUUGAGAAGCUAUUGUGAUUUCACUUUUGUUUGUAAUGCUUUUUUAUCGCUUUCUUAUACAUUCCAUGUAACUCACCAUAGAACAUUCUUUAUUGAGAUAAAUUUUGACUCUUUUCAAGAAAAUCUUGAUUGUCUUGAAGAAAUGUGCAUAGUUAUGUAA